AUGAGCACCAACUGCGACCCAAACUGGCAGCAUGCCGUCUUUGCUUUCUAUCGAUACACCCCCUCUGUUGCAGCUGCUGUAUUAUUCUGUAUUCUGUUCUUUUUAUCUACCGUGUUACACUUUUUGCAGAUGUGGAGAACGCGGAGCUGGUAUUUGACUCCAUUGGUACUUGGUUGUUUUUUUGAGUUUAUUGGCUUCGCUGGUAGAGCUGCUUCUGGAGCACAAAAGGCUGGCUGUUGGACAUUGGGGCCCUAUAUUACCCAGAGCAUGUUUAUCUUGCUCGCGCCAGCAUUAUUCGCAGCAUCCAUCUACAUGAUACUUGGCCGAGCCAUCCUUCUCGUCGACGGACAAGAUCACUCAAUUAUUAAACCACAAUGGUUGACAAAAAUAUUUGUUUUCGGAGACGUUAUUUGUUUCUUGCUUCUUGCUGGAGGUAGCGGGAUUCUAGCCACGAGUAAAAAUAAUCCAUCCAUGUCCGACACCGGCGAUAACGUUAUUAUUGGAGGCCUGGUACUACAAUUAAUUUGGUUCGCCAUUUUCGUCGUCGUCGCAGCUGUGUUCCACUAUCGAAUGCGGUCGAUCCCAACAGUUCGCUCACAACAACCGGAGUACCGCUGGCAAGUCUAUCUCCAGACGUUAUAUGUUUCUGGCUGCUUGAUAAUUAUUCGAAAUUUAUUUCGUGUCAUCGAGUAUGCUCAAGGCAAUGAUGGGUAUUUGCUUACGAACGAGGCCUUUAUAUACAUUUUCGAUGCUCUUCCUAUGCUGAUCGUCGUCGUUUGGCUUCACUGGAGACACCCAGGUGAAAUCGGCCUACUGCUCCGCGGUGAGAAGGGUAUCAAGAAUGGAUUCCAGCUGAUCAAUGUCAGAGGUCGGAAUUCAGUGUAG